AGUUUUUUUACUCAAAUGGUUUGUUUAUAUUUAGGACAACGGCUUUGCCGACUAGAUUCAACACACACUUUAGGUAAAGGGACAUACAAAAGACAAGAUUACAUUUAUUCUAGUUUGGCUGGAAUUGUAAAUGUAGAUAACACAAACAAUAAGAUAUCUGUUGUGGAAGUUCGAAGUAAAGAUCAGACUAUUGUUCCAGCACCUGGAGACAUUGUGACAGCGAUGGUUACUACAUUAAACCAAGAUAUGUGCAAGUGUCUAAUAACAAGUGUCUGUGGACACGAACUGAAUGAAACAUACAGAAGUAGUUUAAGAAGACAAGACGUACGCAUGAAAGAAAUUGACAAAAUCGAUAUGUUACAGUGUUUUAGACCAGGAGAUAUAAUAUUAGCUAGAAUCUUGCCAAUGACUGAAGCUCAUACCUUCAAACUAACCACUGCUGAAAAUGAACUUGGUGUAGUUAUUGCGUGCAGUGAAUAUGGACAUCCAAUGACCCCAAUUAGUUGGACUGAAAUGAAAUGUACAAAAACAAGUGCUGUAGAAUACCGAAAAGUAGCUAAAAUUGUUCAAGACAACACUGAAGAAAACAUAUAGACAUGAACAAUUUUUUUUACAUAAAUUUACACAUUAUUUUUUGAAUUGUUUUUUUAAGGUUCAUAUUUUGUUGUAAAAUAAAACAAAACAACUUAAAAAGAGAAAAAUUAUAACAGUAUUUAUUACAUUUUUAUUUCAACACUAUAAGAUGAAAUAAAAUAAAAAACUUAUGUCAAGAGA